UAAUCCGGCCAAUCAGUUUUGCGCAUCGAGUCCCUGCCCCUCCUCUUUUCUCCUGUGUCAUUGGUGCUGUGUGGAGUUGAGCGAGUGAGUUUGCCGGCAGCAGAGAGAGCAGCAGGGAGAGGCUGUGUCCUGUUAUCUUGCCAUCAGUAUCCCUACCUCAGGCACCGGCCGCCGCAACCUCCUCCCACGCACCGCAAGCCUCGGCUUAUUCCAAGACAAGGACCUACAGUUCGGUUGAUUCAUCAGGAUGCUGUCCAGACUGAGGGUCCUCACACGUCCGUGCAUAGUGGGAUGUCGGGCUGUGCACACAAAAGACAAGGGCAAAGCACUUUUGUUAAACCCAAGGACAAAUAAGGGAAUGGCAUUUAUCCUGCAAGAAAGGCAAAUGCUUGGCCUGCAAGGCCUCCUGCCUCCCAAAAUAGAGUCUCAAGACAUCCAGGCUGCCCGAUUUCACCGGAACCUGAGCAGAAUGGACGACCCCCUGCAAAAGUACAUCUACGUAAUGGGAAUUCAGGAGAGGAAUGAGAAGCUUUUCUACAGAGUCCUGCUGGAUGAUAUUGAGCACCUCAUGCCUAUUGUCUACACACCCACAGUAGGCCUGGCCUGCUCCCAGUAUGGCCAUAUAUUCAGGAGACCUAAGGGUCUGUACAUUUCCAUUUUAGACAGGGGACACAUACGAUCGAUAUUGGAUCAUUGGCCAGAAACAGAUGUGAAGGCAGUUGUGGUCACAGACGGUGAGAGGAUUCUGGGUCUCGGAGACCUUGGUGUUUAUGGAAUGGGCAUCCCAGUUGGCAAGCUGUGUCUGUACACUGCCUGUGCUGGCAUUCGGCCUGAGAAGUGCCUUCCAGUGGUCAUCGAUGUUGGUACUGAUAACCCAACUUUGCUGAAGGAUCCAUUCUAUAUGGGGCUGUACCAGAAGAGGGAUCGCACACAGUUGUAUGAUGAUCUGAUUGAUGAAUUCAUGGAUGCAGUUACAGACAGGUAUGGCCAGAACACACUAAUCCAGUUUGAAGAUUUUGGAAACCACAAUGCCUUCCGGUUCCUAAGAAAAUACAGAGAAAAAUACUGUACCUUCAAUGAUGACAUACAGGGCACCGCCUCCGUAGCCCUGGCUGGGAUGCUAGCCGCUCAAAAGGCCAUAGGGAAACCCAUUACAGAACACAGAAUCCUUUUCUUGGGAGCUGGAGAGGCUGCACUUGGCAUUGCCAAUCUGAUUGUAAUGUCUAUGAUGGAGAAUGGGAUUUCUGCUGAAGCAGCUCGGGAAAGGAUAUGGAUGUUUGACAAAUUCGGCUUGCUCAUUCAGGGCCGAGUAGAAGGCAUAGACGGCAACCAGGAGUCAUUCGCACAUUCCGCCCCAGAGCAGCCUGUCGAUAGCUUUCUUGAUGCUGUGAAUGUUCUGCAGCCAACGGCAAUUAUUGGGGUCGCAGGAGCAGGGAGGCUUUUUACGGAGGACGUCAUCAAAGCAAUGGCUUCCAUCAAUGAACGACCCAUCAUCUUCGCUCUGAGUAACCCAACUCUGAAGGCAGAAUGCACGGCAGAGGAAGCCUACACUUGGACAGAGGGGCAGUGCCUGUUUGCCAGCGGAAGUCCGUUUGACACCGUCAUGUUGAGCGAUGGGCGAUCCUUUAAACCAGGACAGGGGAAUAAUGCUUAUGUAUUCCCAGGCGUUGCUCUGGCGGUUAUUCUGAGUGGAGUUCGGCACAUAAGCGACCGGGUCUUUCUUGAGGCUGCUAAGGCACUUGCUGAGCAAUUGACUGCUGAAGAGCUGGGGCAGGGAAGACUGUAUCCACAACUGUCUAAUAUCAGAGAUGUGUCGAUUAACAUUGCUGUAAAGGUGAUGGAGUUUGUGUACAGGAACGGCAUGGCUUUCCAGUACCCGGAGCCUGAGGACAAGAAUGCGUAUAUCAGAUCUAAAGUGUGGAGCACAGACUACGAUUCCUUCCUACCCGAUUCCUACGACUGGCCGGAGUAUGCAUCAAAGCCGCACAAAAUGUUCUAACCCUGCAAUCACGCCCACUUUCUGUUUUGUUAAAGCGUAUUGUAAUACGGGUAGGGGGAUCUAUUAUCCGGAAUGCACCUAUAGAGGAAUGAGACCCUGGGACUGAACAAAAGUUAAGGGGACCAAUUGGGGCACUGACUGCAGUUUUCAUAUAUCUUUAUGAAAAAUAUCUUCUUUUAAAAGUUUAGUUGGACCCUAAACUGAUUUUGCGGUUCGACCCAGGCUGAAUGACUGGAUAACCAGUCUUUCUGUAAUAUGGGGUGCCAUGCCUAAUAGGGGUGGGUCACCUUUAAGAUAGCUUUUAAUUUCUAAGCAACUUUUCAAUUGGUCUUUU